UUCGAGAUCAUCAAAUGUCUGACCUGACACGCCUACGUGGAUUCUCUUUUCUCUUCCUUUUUCCAGAAACGAGGGAGAGAGAGACGAAGCAUCAAACAAGGCAAAAACAAAAAAAAACCAGGAGAGAAUAUUCCGAGGGAAAACGCGAGAAAAUUUCUUACGUUCUGCGAGAAUCUCCAGCUUUCCUGGGGAAAUAUUGGAAGGCAAAAGCCGAAGGGUUUAAGGUCUCUGUAAUCGUCGGAGAAAUUUGAAAUAUCGUCCGUAAAACGUGAAUGUAGUCUUAAUCUUCCGCAUUUAUAACGUCGAUCAGAGAUUUUGAAGCUAGUAGAGAGAGAGAAGCGUUUUGUGUUUGAUUUAUGGUGUUUGGAUCCAUGGUGUGGAAACACCAGCUGAUUGGGUUCUCAGGGAUUUUUUCUAAUGUUUCUCCCGUUGGAAAUCUUUAUUCGGGAUCAUUUCUAGGAAAAUCAGACCAGAUUUGGCCGUGAUAAUGGCUUCAGUGAAGGUAACUGUGGGGUCACAGGUCUGGGUGGAAGAUCCAGAUGAAGCCUGGCUAGAUGGAGAAGUUGUGGAAGCUAACGGUCAAGAGAUCAAAGUUAAUUGCCAAACCAAGACGGUUGUGGCAAAGGUUAAUGCUGUCCACCCCAAGGAUCCUGAGUUUCCUGAGCUUGGUGUGGACGACAUGACAAAGCUUGCGUAUUUGCAUGAACCAGGGGUUCUUCUCAAUCUAAAAGCCAGAUACAAUGCAAAUGAAAUAUAUACAUACACAGGGAAUAUACUGAUAGCUGUGAAUCCCUUUAAAAGAUUACCCCACCUAUAUGGAAAUGAGAUAAUGGAGCAAUAUAAGGGCACAGAUUUUGGCGAGUUAAGCCCACAUCCUUUUGCUGUUGCUGAUUCUGCAUACAGAAAAAUGAUCAACGAGGGAGUAAGCCAGGCGAUCUUGGUGAGUGGAGAAAGCGGUGCUGGGAAGACAGAGAGCACAAAAAUGCUCAUGCAAUAUCUUGCAUACAUGGGUGGAAAAGCUGAGAGUGAAGGACGAUCUGUCGAACAGCAAGUUUUGGAGUCAAAUCCAGUUUUAGAAGCUUUUGGUAAUGCAAAAACCGUCAGAAACAAUAAUUCAAGUCGUUUUGGUAAAUUUGUGGAGAUUCAGUUCAAUCAUAUGGGAAGAAUCUCAGGAGCUGCUAUUAGAACAUAUUUGCUGGAGAGGUCACGAGUUUGUCAAGUUUCUGAUCCUGAAAGAAACUAUCAUUGCUUUUACAUGCUUUGCGCUGCGCCAGAACAGGAAACUGAGCGGUAUCAGUUAGGGAAACCAAGCACAUUUCACUACCUAAAUCAAUCGAAUUGCCAUGCAUUGGAUGCAAUUGAUGAUUCCAAAGAAUACCUAGCUACGAGGAAAGCUAUGGACGUUGUUGGAAUUAGUCCUGAAGAACAGGAUGCAAUCUUUCGGGUAGUUGCUGCUAUCCUUCAUCUAGGAAACAUUGAGUUUGCAAAGAGCGAAGAAUCAGAUGGUGCAGAACCCAAGGACGAUAAAUCCCGGUUCCAUCUAAAAGUUGCUGCAAAACUUUUCAUGUGUGAUGAGAAAGCUCUAGAGAACUCCUUGUGCAAUAGGGUGAUGGUGACUCGUGGUGAAAGCAUUACAAAGCCUCUUGAUCCCGGUAGUGCAGCACUAAGCAGAGAUGCUCUUGCCAAGAUUGUCUAUUCUAAAUUGUUUGAUUGGCUUGUGACUAAGAUAAAUAAUUCCAUUGGCCAAGACUCAAGUUCUAAGUACAUAAUUGGAGUCCUGGAUAUUUAUGGAUUUGAGAGUUUCAAGACAAACAGUUUUGAACAGUUUUGUAUAAACCUGACAAACGAGAAGCUGCAGCAGCAUUUCAAUCAGCAUGUGUUCAAGAUGGAGCAAGAAGAAUAUACUAAAGAAGAGAUUGACUGGAGUUACAUAGAGUUCAUUGAUAAUCAAGAUGUCCUUGACCUUAUAGAAAAGAAACCUGGUGGAAUUAUUGCUCUUCUUGAUGAGGCUUGUAUGUUCCCAAGAUCAACACAUGAUACACUUGCAGAAAAGCUAUACCAGACAUUUGGUAGCCACAAGCGUUUUACCAAGCCAAAAUUGGCUCGUACAGACUUUACCAUCUGCCAUUAUGCUGGUGAUGUCACUUAUCAGACUGAACUAUUUUUAGACAAGAACAAAGAUUAUGUUGUUGGAGAACAUCAAUCUCUCAUGAACUCUUCAGAUUGUUCCUUUGUCUCAUCGUUGUUCCCAAAAUCGCGAGAGGAAUCGUCCAAAUCAUCAAAGUUCUCAUCAAUAGGCUCUCAAUUCAAGCAACAACUACAAUCUUUGCUCGAGACGUUGAACACCACAGAGCCACACUACAUACGUUGUGUUAAGCCAAAUAACGUUCUUAAGCCAGAAAUAUUUGAGAACGUUAAUGUUCUGCAUCAACUUAGGUGUGGGGGGGUCAUGGAAGCCAUUAGGAUUAGUUGUGCUGGAUAUCCCACUAGAAAGCCUUUCAAUGAAUUUUUGACCAGGUUCCGAAUUUUGGCCCCAGAGGCAACGGAGAGAAGCUUUGAUGAAGUUGAUGCUUGCAAAAAGCUUCUAGCAAGAGUGGACCUUAAAGGUUUUCAGAUAGGGAAGACAAAGGUGUUUCUUAGGGCAGGUCAGAUGGCAGAACUGGAUGCUCACCGAGCGGAAGUUCUUGGGCAUUCAGCAAGGAUUAUACAGAGGAAAGUCAUUACGUAUCUGUCUCGCAAAAAAUAUCUGCUGUUGCAGUCCGCUUCAACUGAAAUCCAAGCCUUUUGUAGAGGACAUAUUGCACGCGUUCAGUUUAAGGCCACGAGAAGAGAAGCUGCUUCUGUGAGAAUUCAGAAGCAGGCACGGACAUAUAUAUGUCAGACAGCAUUUAAAAAGUUGUGUGCUUCAGCUAUUUCCAUUCAGUCUGGGUUGCGUGCAAUGGCUGCUCGAGUUGAAUUUCAAUACAGGACGAAGAGAAAAGCAGCGAUUAUUAUUCAAAGUCAAAUCAGAAGAUGUUUGUGUCGACGGCGGUAUUUGAGAACGAAGAAAGCAGCGAUUACCACUCAAUGUGGCUGGAGAGUGAAAGUUGCACACCGAGAAUUGCGGAAGCUUAAAAUGGCUGCUAAGGAAACAGGUGCCCUCCAAGACGCUAAGACUAAGCUAGAAAAGGAAGUGGAAGAACUCACUUCAUGCUUAGAGCUUGAGAAACAAAUGAGGAUGGAGCUUGAGCAAGUCAAAACUCAAGAAGUCGAAGAUUUGCGGUCAGCUUUAAAUGAUAUGAAACUUCAGCUAGGGGAAACUCAAGUAACCAAAAGUGAGGAGAUUUUGAAGUUGCAGUCUGCUUUACAAGAUAUGCAACUAGAAUUUGAAGAACUUGCUAAGGAGUUGGAGAUGACAAAUGAUCUUGCUGCCGAAAAUGAACAGCUCAAGGAUUUGGUGAGCUCGUUGCAAAGGAAAAUUGAUGAAUCCGAUAGCAAAUAUGAAGAAACAAGUAAGCUAAGUGAAGAACGAGUAAAACAGGAGGUUCCCGUCAUUGACCAAGGUGUAAUUAUCAAACUCGAAGCUGAAAAUCAAAAAUUGAAGGCUUUGGUCAGUACAUUGGAGAAGAAAAUCGAUUCAUUAGACAGAAAGCACGACGUAACAAGCUCAAACAUCUCAGAUCAAUUGAAAGAGAGUGCUUCAUCUGAUUAUGAGAUGUUGAGUAAUCUUGCAGCAGAGAAUGAACGUCUGAAGGCACUUGUGAGUUCAUUAGAGAAUGAAAAUUAUGAAAACGAUGGAAAUGAUUCACCAAACGAGCAAAAGGAAGGACCACAGAUGCUCAAAGAAGAGAUAUUAGCAGAAGAUUUUUCGAUUGAUGAUGAAAUGACCAACAAACUUGCUGCUGAAAACAAAGAUUUAUAUGAUCUGGUAGAUUUGUUGGAAAGGAAAAUAGACGAAACAGAGAAGAAGUAUGAGGAAGCAAGUAAACUUUGUGAAGAGAGGCUUAAGCAGGUUGUGGACACAGAGAAGAAGUAUGAGGAAGCAAGUAGACUUUGUGAAGAGAGGCUUAAGCAGGUUGUGGACACAGAGACAAAACUAAUCGAGUUAAAAACAUCUAUGCAAAGGCUAGAGGAAAAGGUAUCUGACAUGGAAGCAGAAGACAAAAUUCUUCGGCAGCAAGCGCUACGUAAUUCAGCUUCCCGGAAAAUGUCACCUCAGGUGUCAUUUACAAGACCACCUCCUGUGGAGAACGGACAUCAUGAAUCAUUUGCUCCUAUACCAUCAAGAAGGUUCGGGGCAAUGUCUUUUAGACGAUCUCAGAUUGAACAACAACCCCAUGAAUUUGUUGACGUCCUACUCAAAUGUGUUUCGAAAAACGUCGGUUUCAGCCACGGAAAGCCUGUUGCAGCAUUUACAAUCUACAAAUGUCUCAUACACUGGAAACUAUUCGAAGCAGAGAAAACCAGUGUCUUUGACCGUAUUGUUCCUAUUUUUGGUUCUGCUAUAGAGAACCCAGAAGAUGAUAGCAAUUUGGCUUAUUGGCUAACAAACACAUCUACACUGCUGUUCUUGCUUCAAAGAAGCUUGAAAUCUCAUAGUACAACCGGUGCAAGUCCGAAGAAACCUCCUCAGCCAACUUCUUUUUUUGGGAGGAUGACACAGGGUUUCCGUUCACCCUCCUCGGCCAGCCUUUCAGGUGAUGUAGUGCAACAAGUAGAUGCUCGAUAUCCUGCUUUACUUUUCAAGCAGCAGCUUACAGCCUACAUUGAGACUAUAUAUGGGAUAUUUCAAGAGAAUGUGAAGAGAAAACUCGCACCUGUGCUUUCGUCCUGCAUUCAGGGACUGAAAGAUUCAUCACAUGAGUUCUCUGCAGAGACUUUAUCAGCUGAGUCAUCUGAACAGAAUUCACCAGAAAAGCCAUCUGAAGAGAAUCCACCGGAAAAGCUGUCUGAAGAUAAUUCAUCAGGAAAGCUGUCUGAAGAUUAUUUAGCAGCAAAGCCUUCUGAAGAUAAUUCACCAGCAAAGCCAUCUGAAGAGAACUCACAGGCAAAGCUAUCCGAAGUGAAUCCACAGGCAAAGCCAUCCGCAGAGAAUUCACUGGCAAAACCAUCUGAGGAGAAUUCACCCACGGAAACUUGGCAAGACGUCAUUGGUCUUUUGAAUCAGCUUCUCGGCACAUUGAAGAAAAACUACGUUCCUCUGUUUCUUGCUCAGAAGAUUUUCUGCCAAACAUUCCAAGACAUCAACGUUCAACUCUUUAACAGCCUUCUGCAACGUGAAUGCUGCACAUUCAUCAUGGGCAAGAAGGUGAAUGUCUGGCUAAAUGAACUAGAGUCUUGGUGCAGCCAGGCAACUGAAGAUUUUGUAGGAUCUUCUUGGGAUGAACUCAAAAACACAAGACAAGCCUUAGUGCUAUUGGUUACAGAACAGAAGUCCACAAUUACAUAUGAUGAUCUAACGACUAACCUCUGCCCGGCUCUUAGUACUCAGCAAUUGUAUAGAAUAUGUACCCUCUGCAAAAUUGAUGAUCACGAGGAUCAAAAUGUAUCUCCAGACGUGAUUUCCAACUUGAAACUUCUAGUUACAGAUGAAGACGAAGACAGUCGUUCCUUCUUGUUAGACAAUAAUUCCAGCAUCCCCUUUGCAGCUGAUGAAAUCUCGAACUCUAUGCAAGAAAAAGACUUUACCAAUGUAAAACCAGCUGUGGAACUCGCUGAUAACCCUAACUUCCACUUUCUGAAGGAAUGAGACCUAUUUACUUGGCAAUGAAAUUGUAUAGUAAUCCCUUGCACAGUUUUACGAUUUGUAGAAUCUUGAUCGAUUUCGUCGUCUAGGCUUUAAGAGGGCAUGUUGAGCUCAAGUGUAGGGAUCGCUCUCUUCUUUUGAUUUGAUUCUUAUACGUUAAUUAUCUUCAGGGUGGUGGUGGUGGUUAGGUUAAAGCCAGCCAGUAUUUUACUUGUAAGGCAAGAAACUUCUCUAUGUAGAACAAACGUUAGUAAUCAGUUUUGUAACCUUAGUCCCUUAUUGGGUCAGAGAUUCAUAAUUGGCCUUGCGAUAUUGUUCAAAUUUGGAGGAUCUUUUUGCAUUUUACUAACACUAAUGUUUA